AUGGGGAGGAGUUUCCUGAGACGAGCUGCUCACACCCCUGAGAAGAGGAGGGGUGCUGCAGGCAGUGGUGCUAAAGCCAUGUGGAGGAGGGGGAGUGGAGCCGGCAAAAGAGGUGUUGUGAACCGAAGGGAUGCUGCUGCAAGAAGGGGUGAAGGAGUGGGGAGGAGUGUCGUGCGGUGGGGUGAAGACUCCCCGGAGGAGAAGCGGGGUGCUAUCGGCGGCAAAGCGGCUAGGAGGGGCGCUGACAUCACUGGGGAAAUAGCCGCUGUUGUUCUCGCACCGACUGUAGCAGCGGCAGUGGCGGGUGUGGCUGUAACGGGGGCAGGUGGAGUGGUGCUGGUGAUGCUGGGAGUGACUGGUGAAUGCGUAGCAGUGGCACUGGUGUUGGUGCUGGUGGCAGGAGCAGGGUGCUGUGGAGGAGUUGGAGGGGAGGGGGAGAGGGAGAGGGAGAGGAAAAGAGUGGUUAGCAAGCACCAGCACCAGGAACACCAGCAGCAGCCAUGCAUGCUGUGCAGUGGUGGUGGUGGUGGUGGUGGUGGUGGUGGUGGUGGUGGUGGUGGUGGUGGUGGUGGUGGUGGUGGUGGUGGUGUGGAUGUGUGUGUUCCUCUGCCUCGUCUGUGA